AUGCUUGAAGGGCCCAUGGUGUGGUAUCAGAAGUUUGAAUAUGCAGUAGGUCACUGGCUACAAAAGACUGCAGAGCACGUGUUCGGCUGUGUACUGUGCAGUCCUGGAUGUUUCAGUCUUUUUAGAGGAGCCGCACUCAUGGACGACAAUGUCAUGAAGAGAUACACAACCAAAGCCAAUGAAGCCAGCCAAUACGUCCAGUGUGAUCAAGGUGAGGACCGCUGGUUGUGCACUCUGCUGCUGCAGCAGGGCUGGAGGGUGGAGUAUAACACAGCAUCUGAUGCAUACACCAAUGCUCCACAGGAAUUUAAAGAGUUCUACAACUCUACCUUGGCCAACACCAUUGACCUCUUGGGUUCAGGAGAACUGACCUCAGAGGAAGGAAGCUCUAUCUCAAAACCUUACAUCUUGUACCAGAUUAUCAGCAUUGUCCCUUCCAUCCUGGGCCCUGCCAUUCAUUAUUUCAACUUCAACCCGAAGGUUUCAUCGUGUUUGGUUUAA